AACCCCAACGCGGCUAGGGUUUGAGGCUCUCUAUCUCUAUCUCUAUCUCUCUCCAUCGACCACUCCAAUCGAAAAGCACAACACAACUCAAACAGAAGCAGCGAUGUUCCCAGGCAUGUUUAUGCGCAAACCAGACAAGGCGGCGGCCUUGAAACAACUGAAGGCACACGUGGCUAUGUUUAGGGUCUGGAUGACCGUGGUUCGUGUCACCCCUUACGUUCUCCAUUACCUCGCUGAUGAAAAGGAUGAGCUCAAGCUUGAGUUCUAGAUUCAGUGGAUUUACAAGCCGGGAAUUUAUUUGGAACACGAAAGAGAUUGCGAGUUCCGGUUUCCUUUUCCGAUUUAGUACGAGGCGAAGUGUAAUCACAUAUGUUUAUUUCUGUGGUCAUAUGGUUGUUGGCCUUUUAUUCAAAUGAAACCAGUCAUAACUACAUGAAUAUACAUUUACCUGCUCUCUGUUAGUAUUUGGAUUUUGGAUCGGAUUUU